UGCAUCCGGGUGAGCACUUUGAGGUCCACUCAGGUUUUUACUUUGAAGCUUGGAUCUCGGUCUUCAGGAUGUACGGAGCCUUUCGGGUGCUGUUGCAGGUGCUGUCGGCCCAGCUGCUCUGUGUGUGGGUGCUAGGCUCUGAGCUAACUUUUGAGCUGCCAGACAACGCCAAGCAGUGUUUCUACGAGGACAUCAUCAUCGGCACCAAGUGUACACUGGAGUUUCAGGUGGUGACCGGUGGUCAUUAUGAUGUGGACUGUCGUUUGGAGGAUCCAGAAGGGACUACACUCUACAAGGAGAUGAAGAAGCAAUAUGACAGCUUUACCUUCACGGCAGCCAAGAACGGCACCUACAAGUUCUGCUUCAGUAAUGAGUUCUCAACCUUCACACACAAGACAGUGUACUUUGACUUCCAGGUCGGCGAUGACCCUCCACUCUUCCCCAAUGAGAACAGAGUCACUGCUCUCACUCAGAUGGAAUCAGCCUGUGUUUCCAUCCAUGAGGCCCUGAAGUCAGUCAUCGAUUACCAGACUCACUUCCGCCUCCGUGAGGCCCAGGGUCGCAGCCGGGCAGAGGACCUCAACACCCGUGUUGCGUUCUGGUCCAUUGGAGAGGCCAUUAUUCUUCUGGUGGUCAGCAUCAGUCAGGUGGUCCUGCUGAGGAGUUUCUUCUCUGACAAGAAGACCACUACGACGCGUGUCGGAUCGUAACAGUCUCUGAGCCUCAGGAUCUAAUACAUCACUUUCUUUGUACCUGGGCUCGUGUGCAUGGAGUUGGUUAGAAUAUCAGUGCUGACCUGACAUUGGAUCAUAUCAAACUGCCAGGUCGUACAAUCUGACACGUCAUCCUCAUUCAGCACUGGUAUUCAUACAAACUUCAUGCAAAUGAGUCUUGAGCAAAAAGGUUAUAUUUGUUUAAAAUGUUGUUGAGGGGUAAAAGAGAAAGCCUGAAGAGAGACUUUCUUGUGUUGCUUGUAACUAUCUGUACUGGAGGGCAGUUAAUGCAGCUGGUCAUAUAGUUGAAGCAAUAUAUAAUGAUUUCUAAAUGUAUUAUUUUAUUUGUGUCCUUUUCUACCCCUGUCAUCUCAAACCUUUUCUCCCUGAUUUGUUCCAUUUUUCAGCCCAAACUGUGCACUGAAAAAACCAAGAGUGGUUGCAGUGCACUGGGUCUCUAAAACCACACUGGCAAGGCAAAGAGGGUUUCCCCACAAAGGUUGCACGUGAUCAUAAAAAAAUGUGUUGCAUUUUCUUUAUUUGCUAUCAAACCUCACUGUAUUAAGUGAGACAGAGUAGACAUUGUGUUGUGCUUUUAUCAGCUUACAUAGAGUACACAGUCAUUUAAUCUAAUAUUCGCUUGAAACAGUUUGUAUUUGGGUUGAAAGAUUGAAUGUAGAGAUGCAGAUGGUCUCCCUGGAGUGACUACAGACCCAAUUCCUUAAAAAUAUUUAAGUCAGUUUUUGCAGUUUGGAUUCUAUUUGCACGAUUACACACUGGGGUUAAGUUACUCUUCAAUUUGAGCACACAAAAAGUCACAUUAAUCUGUGUGACUCAGUGUGGAAGGCAAAAAUAAGAAAUGACUGAUAUUCCUGUGUUUGACACAUUCUGUGUGUUAAGUGACAAUGAUGGAUAUUUUAAAUGCAACAACUUGUUAUAAAGACAUUGUCUUUCACUGGUUCCCUUGCAAUGUUAUGUCUAGUUCUGCCUUUGCUGUUUAAAGUGUAUCAAGUUAUUUUUGUGGGCUGAUAUUGUCCUCUUGGUUUUAUACAGCACUGUUGUAAAAUUCAUGUUGUUUUGCAAAUUAUUGCUUGAAUAUAAGAUAACUGAGUUGUAGUUGUAAUUUGAAAUGUUAUUCCCUUGCUGUCAAUUUAGUUAAAUUUCUAAAGGAAUGGGAAGAAGGAUUUAGACAGCCUAAAUACAUUACUAGGACUCUGAAUAUUUAUGCCUGCAAGAAGCACUACAUGCAGGCUUAGUUCAACCUGGUAAAGUAGCUUCAGCCAGGAAAUGAUGUGAAACUUAGUGGGGCAUUAUUUCUCUCACUGUCUCACUGAAAAAACCUGAAUGCAAAUUGUGUUUUUAAACAAGCAUGAAGGCAGAAACAUGAAAUACCUGAGUAUAAUGUAGUCAAUUUGAAGUUCACCUGUUGAAUUAGUAGUACACAACAUCAGUCAAUGUGACUGAGGUUACAUCAGAUCUCGGAAAAGCUAGUAGACAUCACUAUUGGAAUUUAAGACAAAUAUAACAUUUAUGUCAUGACAAACAGCCACUUAAAGAAACCAAAAAUUCAACGCUUAUUAUAGUUUGGUCUUGUUUAACUGUCAGAGCUUAUUCUAGAGGUCUGGAAAACAAUUAAAAUCUGUGUUUUAUUUUAUUCAUUUAUUACUUCUGGUUUUGUCUUUUCUUCCUGUGUUAUGCUUUCCCCCUCUCCCCAUAUGUUCAAGGUCAGUUUUGGUAGGUGGUGCAGUGUAGACAUUUUGGGUUUGUGCACAGGUCAUUUUUGGACACAAUUUCAGCUCUGAUGCAUUCUGGGAACUUUUUAAGUUAUUGGGAUGGCUAAAUAAACUUUCUGUUAAAA